GCCCUGGUGAAAACUUUUGAAGUAACAGAUGUGCCAGUUCGUGCAGCAAGGUUUAUUGCUCGAAAAAAUUGGCUAAUUACCGGGUCAGAUGAUAUGCAAAUACGCGUAUUUAAUUAUAACACACACGAGAAGGUUACAACCUUUGAGGCUCAUCCUGAUUAUAUUCGUUGCAUUGCUAUACAUCCUACGCAACCUUUUUUUUUGAGUGGUUCUGAUGAUAUGACAAUUAAAUUAUGGGAUUGGGAAAAAGGAUGGAAAUGUGUGAAUUGGGUAGAAUAUUAUCACGGUGGAGAAAAACCAUAUCUUGUGUCAGCUGCCGAUGAUAAACUUGUUAAAAUUUGGGACUAUCAAAACAAGACAUGCGUACAGACUUUAGAAGGACAUACUCAGAAUGCUGCAUUUGCAUGCUUUCAUCCUGAAUUGCCAAUAAUCAUUUCUGGUAGCGAAGAUGGUACUAUAAAGAUUUGGCAUUCUAAUACUUAUCGUUUAGAAAAUACUCUCAAUUAUGGUCUAGAACGCGCCUGGACUGUAGCUUACCAGAAAGGCAAUAAUAAUGUUGCAUUUGGUUAUGACGAAGGUGCAGUCUGUGUUAAGUUAGGGCGUGAAGAACCGGCAGUGAGUAUGGAUAAUUCUGGGAAAAUAAUUUGGGCAAAACAUAAUGAAAUUCAAACAGCCAAUAUAAAGGCUGGUCAUGAUGGUGAUCGCCUUCCUUUACCCAUCAAAGACUUGGGUAGUUGUGAAGUGUAUCCUCAAACUUUACAGCACAGUCCGAACGGAAGGUUCGUGGUGGUUUGUGGGGAUGGCGAAUACAUUAUUUAUACUGCGUUAGCUUGGAGAAACAAAGGUUUUGGUAAUGGGCUUGAAUUUGUAUGGGCUUUAGAUUCGAACGAAGAGUCUGCGACUAAAAUCAAACUUUAUAAAAACUUCAAGGAGAGAAGCAAUGCAUUAAAAGUCAAUUUUACUGUUGAAGGAAUUUUUGGUGGCACAUUAUUAGGUGUAAAAAGCUCCACAUUUUUAAAUUUGUAUGACUGGGAAACAGCUUUAGUCGUGAGAAGAAUUGAUGUCAUUCCGAAAAGUGUUCAUUGGUCAGAUAUUGGUGACCUUGUGACCAUUGCCUGCGAGGAUACUUUCUAUGUCUUACGUUUUAACCGCUUAGCCUAUGUGCAAUUUUUGGAAAGUGGGGGUGAAGUUGGCGAUGAAGGUGUCGAACAGGCUUUCGAAUUCGUGACGGAGGUUCCAGAAAGUUAUGCACUUUCCUUGACUGUUAUUGAAUAUCAAACCGCAAUUCUCCGGAACGAUCUUGAAACAGCUGAACAAUUGCUUCCUUCGAUCCCUGCGGAUCAAAGGAAUAGAAUUGCAAGAUUCUUAGAGAGCCAAGACUUAAAAGAGCUUGCUCUUGAAGUAUCAACCGAUAUUGAACACAAGUUUGAGCUUGCAGUUCAACUCAAUAAACUCGACGUUGCCGUGGAAAUUGCUCGUGAAGUUGGUACUGACGCAAAAUGGAAAGCAAUUGGUGAUUCAGCUUUGAGUGCCUGGAAGUGCCUCAAAAAAGCCAAGGAUAUUAGUGGCUUAUUGCUUUUAUAUACUGCCUCUGGCAAUUCCCAAGGAAUAAAAGAAUUAGCUGAAACAGCUGAUCUGUUAAUAAAAACUGAUCGUAUUCCUGAGGCUGCAAUGUUUGCCCGCACAUAUCUUCCUAGAGUUGUAAAACUAUGGCGAGAAUCACUCGAGAAGCAAAACAAAAAGAAAGCGGCAGAAGCAUUGGCAGAUCCAGCCGAUUACGAAAAUUUAUUUUCGGAUUUUAAACAUGCUCUUAUUGCCGAAGAACUUGCCAAAAAGACGCGUAACAACGUUGUUCCAGCUAUAUCAUAUCCAGAUUAUAAAGACAACCAUGAGCAAGAUAUUAUAGCUGAAAUCAAAGAAAAGUAUCCAGACGGCAUCUUAACAUCAAACUUGGCUUCUCCUGGCAGUCGUAUGGUUAACAGUAUAGCACGAAGAAACGUUAAUGGUGAUAUAGAUGAUGAUGUCCUAUCAUCGGUUGCUUCGGUUGAUGAUGAUCGCACAAGUGUCGCUGAUAAUAUGA